GGACGAGGGGCAGCUGGGGCGGGAAGGCUGCCUCAUGGGCUGCAGGUCCUGCCUGUCAUGGCAGGCAGCAUGGAGUCAGCAGUAGGCACAGUGUGGGCCCAAGUGGCCCAGUGUGGCCGUUAGAACUGGUGGUGCCUGGUCCCAACAGCCGCUGGUGGGUCAAGAUAACGGGUCAAGAUAACAGCCUCUACAAGGAAAGGCAGGGCAGCAGGGGGAGCCAUGCAGGAUCCAAAUGAAGAUACUGAAUGGAAUGAGAUACUGAGAAAUUUUGGAAUUCUUCCUCCAAAAGAAAAACCGAAAGAUGAAAUUGAAGAAAUGGUUUUACACUUGCAGAAGGAAGCAGAAGUGAAACCAUAUGAAAGAAUGAAUCUUAAAGAAUUAAAGGAAGCUGAAGAUGACUUUGAUGAGGCUGAUAGGAAGGCUGUUGAAAUGUACAGGCAGCAGCGCUUCCAGGAAUGGAAAUGUCUUCAGAGGAGGCAAAAGUAUGGGGAGCUAAGAGAAAUUAGUGGAGAUCAAUAUGUAAAGGAAGUUACAAAUGCUCCUAAGGAUGUUUGGGUCGUAAUUCAUCUUUAUCGGUCAAGCAUCCCAAUGUGUUUACUAGUUAAUGAACAUCUCAGCCAGCUAGCCAGAAAGUUUCCAGAAGCCAAGUUUGUCAAAGCCAUUGUGAACAGCUGCAUUCAGGAUUACGAUGAUACAUGCUUACCCACAAUACUUGUAUAUAAAUCUGGUGAAAUAAAAGGCAGAUUCAUAGGAGUAGCUGAAUGUGGGGGGAUAUAUCUUAAAGUGGAAGAGCUUGAAUGGAAACUAGCAGAAGUUGGAGCAAUUGAAACUGACUUAGAAGAAAACCCCAAAAAGGAAACUAUAAAUAUGAUGACAUUGUCAAAGCAAAAUACUUCUGCUCGUGAAAACACCAAUACAAAAAGCAGCGAUGUGCUGAAACCACAUAUUACUUGAGAAGAAAUUUUUAAUGUGGAUAAUCUGUUCCAACUUAAACUAGCUGAAAUAUAGCCUUUAAAUUCCCUUUGUAGACCUGAAACAAUAAAAGAGAGCUUUUCUUCCA